AUGGCUACUGAUACCGGUGAUUCCUUCCGUCGGCGGCUGACGGGUCGACCCAACGACAAAGACAAAAUAUUCGACAGAGGUGAGCGCACACACACCGCCCAUCGUCUCUCACUCCCUCCAUCUGUCUGUCUGCCUGCCUGCCUGCCUGGCUGUGUGUCUGUGUGUGUUUGUAGUGGUUGAGAGUGGUGCGGCGAGGCUGUUCGCCGCUGACAACGAGCUCACCAUCCUCCUCAACAUCAUCAACCGCACCGUGCCCGUGACUGACGACGAGCUGCAGCUGCACUGGCCGCACCUGACCGGCAUCAUCCACCUCAGGAACGGCGGCACCACCGGCGAUGCCAUCCUCUAUCAGACCGUCAGGCUCGGCCUGCCCAACGUCUUGGCGACCAUCUUCGAGAGGCUGAAGGUCCAUAUGCACGACAAGGUGCUGACCUGGGACACUAUCGGCAGCGGUCGGCCGAUUUCGACGGGGAACAUCCUGCGGCUGUUGGGCCAGUCGACAUCACCCCAACGUGAGCACCGCCUCGCUCCACACCACACACGUGCUAUUCCAUUUGGGUCGCGUUUUGUGCCAGAUACGGAGCAGUCGACGAGCUCAUCGGUGGUCCCAACCACCACGACCACCACCACUGAGGCGAGCAAGCCAGGUGAGAGCCGGCACGUCGCUGCACGGGUGCCGUCAUGUUGUCUUGUCCAUUCAAUGGAUGUGUGCCGUCAGGUGCUGCUGGCUUGGUGGACAGCUCGGCUUCGUCGGCAGUCGUCCCCUCUGACCCCGACACCCACACCCACACCCACACCCACACAGACCACCAGCAUCAGCAGCACUGCCGCCAUCAGCGGCGUGGCGGCGGCCGCCCCCCUCUCCCUCCUCGUCCCCCAGCCCACCCACACAUACGACUUCUCCAGCGAGGACGUCAUCAGCCAGGUGGCGAGCGGCCACGGAUGGUCGGCACACGCGACUGCCAGCGUCAAGGACAUCAUCGCUGUGCGGCACUCUGGAGUGCGAGUGCUGGUCACGUCAAGGCCACACAUGAGCUUCUUCCCCCCCAAGGGUAG